GUCGCUGAGUUCAUAUGUGCUGCGGCUAUAGUCCACAUUUAAUCUACAAUAAACACAAUGGAGAUGUCAUAUCAAGCCAUCAAAAUUGCUAACCAGGCAAGAGAAGCAGAUGAAUUAAGAACAGAAACCAGAAGAAGGAAUUUGCUUACAUUAAUUUAUUAUCAUUUAAUGGACGAAGGGUAUGUGGAUGCUGCUAAUGCACUGGAACGAGAGACACGUAUUGGGUUGCACAGGUUUGAAGUGUGUGACAAUGUUGAUUUGGAGACGGUUCUCAUGGAGUAUGAAAGCUUUUACUUCAUUAAGUUUCAGAAAUAUCCCAAGCUAACUAAGAAACUGCCAGAACAAGGUGAGAAUAGACGUGUGAGAAGCUCCGAUAAGAAGAGGGCCUCAAGUGUAACACAAACACUGCCCAGGAUCACAAGUGUUCAGCGUCCACAUUCUAGGAAUGGGAUUAAAAAGCAGGAGUCUAAGGCAGCAGGGAAGGACUGGAUGAAAUCUGGCACAGAGAACAGAGGAUCAUAUCUUCCAGAGAGCAAUGAGUUUGGCCUCAAUGUGUCACCCAUCAUUAGGAAUGGAGUUGGGGAAGGGACACAGAUGAAGAAGGGUCAACUGGUGGACUACAGGGGUCUCAUUCAGGAUGCUAUUAAAGGCACAUUUAACGAAACAGCAACAAACAGCUUGUCCUGCAAUCCUGAUCCUUCAGAGCGGCUGCUCAAACCAGUCAGUGCCUUCUGCGGGAUGAACGGUGAGAUGAGAGAGCUUGCAGCUGUUAUUAGCAGAGAUAUCUAUUUACACAACCCCAACGUGCACUGGGACGACAUUAUAGGCCUGGAGGCUGCCAAGCGAUUAGUCAAAGAGGCUGUCGUCUACCCCAUUAAGUACCCUCAGUUGUUCACAGGAAUUCUCUCGCCAUGGAAGGGUUUGCUGCUUUAUGGGCCUCCAGGCACAGGAAAGACUAUGCUAGCAAAAGCCGUAGCUACAGAAUGCAACACAACGUUUUUUAACAUCUCUGCAUCCAGCAUCGUAAGCAAAUGGAGAGGUGAUUCUGAGAAGCUGGUUCGGGUUUUGUUUGAGUUGGCGAGAUAUCAUGCCCCAUCCACCAUCUUUCUGGAUGAGCUGGAGUCAGUGAUAAGUCAGAGAGGUGUUGGUCCAGGAGGUGAGCAUGAAGGCAGCAGGAGGAUGAAGACAGAGCUCCUGGUUCAGAUGGAUGGACUGGCACGUUCUAACGACCUGGUGUUUGUUCUGGCUGCCUCAAAUCUACCCUGGGAACUGGACCAUGCAAUGCUGAGAAGACUGGAGAAGAGGAUACUUGUGGGUCUGCCUUGUGCUUCAGCCAGAAAGGCCAUGAUCAAUCACUGGCUUCCUCCAGUCAGCAAUACAGGAGGGGUGGAGCUGCGAACUGAGCUAGGCUAUGAUGUGCUUGCAGAGGAAACAGAAGGUUACUCUGGUUCAGAUAUCAGGCUGGUCUGUAAGGAAGCGGCGAUGAGGCCUGUCAGGAAGAUUUUCGACACCCUGGAAAAUCACAGUGAGGGUCACAGCCACAUGCCGCUUAUUCAACUAGAAACAGUGACCACGGAGGAUUUCCUGCAGGUCAUCGCUCACACCAAACCAUCAGCCAGGAACCUGACAGACAGAUACUCUGCCUGGGAGAGAGAGUAUGAGUCUGUCUGACCUUGCAUACCAUACAGCUAGACAACAAUAUAAUGCAGACAAUACCAUAAUACGGGAAACAACAGCAGGAAAACAACAUAAUACUGGGAACAACAACAGAUCAACGACAUAAUACAGGAAACCACAGCAGGAAAACGACAUAAUACAGGAAACAACAGCAGAUCAACGACAUAAUACAGGAAACAACAACAGGAAAACAACAUAAUACAGGAAACAACAGCAGAUCAACGACAUAAUACAGGGAACAACAGCAGGAAAACAACAUAAUACAGGGAACAACAGCAGAUCAACGACAUAAUACAGGGAACAACAGCAGAUCAACGACAUAAUACAGGGAACAACAGCAGAUCAACGACAUAAUACAGGGAACAACAGCAGAUCAACGACAUAAUACAGGGAACAACAGCAGAUCAACCACAUAAUACAGGGAACAACAGCAGAUCAACCACAUAAUACAGGGAACAACAGCAGAUCAACGACAUAAUACAGGGAACAACAGCAGAUCAACGACAUAAUACAGGGAACAACAGCAGAUCAACGACAUAAUACAGGGAACAACAGCAGGAAAACGGCAUAAUACAGGGAACAACAGCAGAUCAACGACAUAAUACAGGGAACAACAGCAGAUCAACCACAUAAUACAGGGAACAACAGCAGAUCAACGACAUAAUACAGGGAACAACAGCAGAUCAACCACAUAAUACAGGGAACAACAGCAGAUCAACGACAUAAUACAGGGAACAACAGCAGGAAAACGGCAUCAUACAGGGAACAACAGCAGAUCAACGACAUAAUACAGGGAACAACAGCAGGAAAAUGACACGAUACAGUACAGAGACAGAUUACAUUCUAAUGAAUGUACAGAUAUUAUUAUAUUUUUAAAUUUGUUUUUGUAUUUAUAAUACAAAAAAAGACUAAUCACAAAUACUCAUUCCACGUUCAUCUUCACUAACAGCUUUAUCCUGAUCAGGCCCGAUCGAACAUCAGUCCAUCUUAAAGAACAAUACACACAUAUUUACACUUAGGGGCAAUUUAGGGUCUAACAACAAGCACAUUUUGAGCGGUGGGAGGCAAACUGAUAACUUGGAGGAAACCCAUAAGAAGAUAGAAUAUGAAACUCUGCACAGAUAAUAACCCGAAUUCAUUCAUGGGUUUAUUUUGUCACCAUCUCACCCACUGUAAUUAUCAGAGUACAACAAAAUGCUCUCACAACAAUACAUCAAUAAAACUCUUAACAUCUAAUAUUACAUCUACUGCAA